UAUGGUUGCAAGUCUGGCACCUCAAUUGUCGCAUAUACGUAACCACCAGGGACAUCUAUAAAGCAUUGAGCUCCCGUAAUAACUCCCCAUCGAACAGUGACUCCUCUACCGAUAUCCCCUCCAUUCGUUCUCUCCUCACAAGACAACAUCAUGUCUCUCCCCGCCAGCCGUCUAACAGGGACUUGGACGCGCUUACUCACGUCAGAUCGAUUGAAACGAUCAAGUCAGGUCGUAUCCGCAAUAGGGCAGAGUGUCUGUAUCUUUGGCGGGGAACUACUCCCCCGACAGCCCAUAGACAACAAGGUGGACGUUGUGACACUGUCCUCUGAUGACCCUCUCCAUGAGACGAAAGAGCAUUCUUCAGCACCACCGCCGCGAGUGGGAAGCGCAUCUGCCUGCCUCAGCGACCGUAUGUACCUUUUCUCAGGGCGCGGAGGAACCGACAUGGCACCGAUAGAUGAAGAAGGGGCUGUGUGGAAUUACGACCCUGUCGAAGCUCAGUGGUAUAAGAUAGAUCCUGCCGACAAAUACAUUCCGUAUCCGCCCGCACGCAGCUAUCACUGUGCGACGAGCGACGGUCAGACAACGUUAUACAUUCAUGCUGGCUGCCCCGAGAAAGGACGCCUCUCGGACCUGUGGAAGUUCGACCUCUUCAGCAGGUCUUGGCUGCGACUUCCAGAUGCUCCGGCGCCGCCCCGAGGAGGAGCCUCUUUGACGUACAGGUCUGGUAAGCUCUACCGCAUGAACGGAUUCGACGGCACCAGGGAGCAGGGAGGUAGCCUAGAUAUUUACGAUUUGGAUGAGUGUAUAUGGACAUCUGAAAAGUUUGAGGCCGAUGGUAAAAGCGGACCGGAACCGCGAAGCGUCUGCGCUUUGCUUUCUAUCACGGUUCAAGGCAAAGACAAGCUGGUCACUCUCUUUGGGGAGCGGGAUCCCAGCUCGCUUGGUCAUGCGGGCGCCGGGAAGAUGCUCGGCGAUGUUUGGCUUUAUGAUAUAGAGGAAAAGCGGUGGGAGCAGCUCGAUACUUCCGGCAGCGAGGCAACGCCUGCGCCGCGCGGUUGGUUUGCAGCCGAUGUGGUGAGGACGCAGAAGGGCGAAGAGGGCAUCGUUGUCCAUGGCGGUCUGAAUGAGAACAACGAGCGUUUAGGGGACGUUUGGCUUCUCAACAUUGCUUCAACAUAGCAUAUAUGGCGAUCUCCACAUAGUACGUACCACAAGCUAUGCUUGCACCAUACUUUGUUAUAAAAACCAGCAACAUUCACUGAAGC